AAUAAACCCAGAAGAAGACGACGAAGGCGGAGAAGAAGAGUCUUCGCCCAAACGAACAUAAUCGUCCAAAAUGGAGUAGUGCUGAAGACAAUAUUAGACGAUAAUUCCACUGAAUGUAAUUCAGAAUUCAAACAGACUUUGUUCCGUCGCAAAGGAAAUUUAUUACUUAGAGAAACCGCGGGAAAGCGACAUCUUUGUUUCUGUCGUCGGCUUGCUGCAAAAAACAGACAAUAAUGGAGCCAUCAGAGCAGUCAGGCCCAGAUUCGGGUCCUCAGGAUGUCAACCCAGUGUUUCUCCAGCAACUCAGAGAGCUGGACAUCCCCGAGGAGGCGGCCAAACAGGCACUUUUGCACACUCGGAACGUGUCUGCCGAGGAGGCGGCCAUGUACUACUUCAACAAGCUGGAGAAUGAGGAGGAGGGUGAUGAUGACCUCAUUUACAAGAUGGUGUUUGUGGUGAAUAUGGACCUUGCUAUGGGUGUUGGGAAGGUGGCUGCCCAGGUUGGCCAUGCUGCUGUGGGCUUGUACCAGGCUCUACAGGAGAAGAAUAGCUGGAGGGAGAUGGCCUGGAAGUGGGACCACAGUGGGGCCAAGAAGGUGGUGGUCCAGGGCACAAAUGUGGCUCAUCUGCUGGAACUGCAGGCCCUGGCUAUGAGCCUCAGUCUGCCCACAUACCUGGUUCAAGAUGCGGGACUUACCCAGGUGGAGUCUGGGUCCCGCACUGUCCUGGCAAUCAUGGGCGAAGAAGAGAUGGUGAACAACGUCACUGGCAGUCUGAAGCUGCUCUGAAAGGCUUGUAACUGCAUGUGGGGAGAGGCAUGGCUCUGCAGUGAUGCCAGCAGAGGACAGCAUUUCCCAGCAGCAGGGAGAGUUUUGGACAUGACUCUCCCUGAGACAUGUCACACCACUAGAAAACAAACACUCGGCCAUUUGUUUCCCUUUCUUUUCUUUAUAUGAGCUGCUUAGUUGAGCAGGGGAGAGAGAGAGCGGUUCCUCACUAAGGAACAGCACAAAGACAGUAGAAAUUUUUUCUGGUGACCUUUUUUGGUGCCCCCCACCCACCCAACAAGUCACCUACUUAAAAUGGUCUUGGUAGAAUCUCAGUCAGUAUACACACAUUUAAUCUGGCCACUUUCAGAUAUGGCAAAGUUAAGUGUUUUUUUUUUUUUUUGAACAGUUGCCCAUAUAUUGUAAUUAUACUUAUUCAAAGGGCCUUUUAAUGUAGACAAAUGCAUUAAUGUCAUUACAGUUAUACCUUUACCAGAUGUAGUACUUCUCUGGUGAUCCACUGCUCCUCAGUGAAGGGUGAUCUGUUAUGUAGUUUGUGAACACUCUUUGAUGAUUUAAUGAUUUUGUGUCUAUAUGCAACUUCUCCCAAAGAUCCCUGAUCUAGAGAGCCACUAAAAUCACUUAUUAUUGAUAAACAGCUAUAUUUUAUAUACACCUGCUUGUUAGGGCCAUAGUGUGUAUAAUCUGGUGUGCCAUCAUAAACAGUAUGCACAGUUACUAAACAUUGGUGUUUAUAGUUUUUCUUUAUGCAAAGGGGGUAAGAAGUUACGUUUGGAUUUCUUGUUAGAAUUUGAUGAUAAGUAGAAGCCAAAUUGUUACAGGUUUGUGCACAUUAAUCUCAAUAGACAAAAAAAAAAAGUGAUGUCAUGUUUCCAUAUUGUCACUAAAAAAAAAUCUUGGAAGAGCGAGUCCUAGAGUUUAACUCUGAGCUUAUUACUUAGGAUCUUGUGUAACAGCAAUCUUAGAGGAGGAAGGUAGUGUCAUGCAUGCAGUAUACAUAGAUAUUGAACAGACUGUUGAAAUACCAUGGUUAUGUCACUUUUAGUAACGUGUCCACACUUUGAUAACUCCUGUCUUAUACAUGCAUUUGUGUAAGUGCUUCAGAUUAUGAGGACAAUUAAAAAAUGCCUCCAAAUGAAGUUACAAGAG